AUGGAAGGUUUCGAGUCAGCAUCUCCCAGCGCUCACGCGCUUAACCAUGACUCCAUGGUCACCGUCGCGUUAUCCGAUAACCAGUCAAGUUCAGAGCACACCCAACCGGAUUGGCGCACUCUGGACAUCCCUCCAACUCCAGUGGAGAUGAGCCAUCUUGAGAAGGAGAGUGAGGACUCCUUUGGACCGGUGCCACUACAGGACGCGGCGAGAACCACCCCCACUCCCGAAACCCCAGGCGUGGACAGGGGGAGGCAGACAGGCGAAAUGUUUGACAAUGAGGCGGAUUGGGAGAAUCUUGAUAAGACAGAAGAACGAGAACCGCGUGGGGAGGGGUCUGAUGAAUCUACAGCCCUACUCCUCGCUCGACUCGAACAAGAAAACAACGCUUUGGCGACCAAUCCCAAAUCUGGGAUAACAGAAGUUCCGGAUGGCAAGAUACACCAGCGGCAAUCCCGCUCCGAGUCUCUACACCAGAUCAAACGACUCAUUAAGGAUCCCACUCGGGCAGAGCUGCGAUACUCCCAGCUACCCCCUCCUCCCAUGACCGAACUAGAGUUCUGGGCUGCGCUUGUUGCCGAUUACCACCAGACUGCCCAUCGCUUGCCGACACUGACCUCGAAUAAGAUCCAAGGAGGUGUGCCUCCGCCACUGCGAGGGGUGGUGUGGCCUAGCCUAGCGGGCGCACGCGAUCCUAAUCUGUUGAAUGAAUUCCAGAGACUUUCGGGCGAAAGUAGUCCAUAUGAUGGGUUGAUUGGAAAGGACAUUGGUCGCAGCUUUCCCAAUGUUGAAAUGUUCCGCGACCCGAACGGCGAGGGCCAACAAAUGCUCGGCCGAGUAUUGCGAUGCUUCAGUCUUUACGAUACUAAGAUUGGCUACUGCCAAGGCCUUGGAUUUGUGGUAGGCCCUCUGCUCAUGCACAUGUCAGAUGCUGAAGCCUUUUGUGUUCUUGUCCGCCUCAUGGAUCAUUACAACCUCCGAAGUUGCUAUCUUCCAGACCUCUCGGGUCUCCAUCUUCAUGUUUAUCAGUUCCAGAAUCUUCUAGCACGUCACAGGCCGGUCCUGUUCCAACAUCUGGAAGCACUGCACGUUGAGCCGGUCUACGUAUCGCAGUGGUUCUUAUCAUUCUUUGCGGUGGCAUGCCCGCUGCCGAUGCUUCUCCGAAUUUACGAUGUUAUUUUUUUGGAAGGCGCAUGCGAGACUUUGAUGCGAGUUGCACUUUCCCUGAUGCAGCGCAACGAGAAGAGAAUUUUGGCUUGCAGCGAAUUUGAAGAUGUGAUGCAACUGUUAUUAUCUCGAAGCUUGUGGGACACAUACGCCUUCAAUGCUGAUGAUCUUGUUAAUGAUUUCGUGUCUCUCACCUCUCUCGUCACGAACGAGAGUCUUCGAACCCUUGAAGCCAGCUACCACCAAUCUAAAGGCUCACCGACGGGGCCGUCCCCGCAGCUGCAGGCAACGGCCUCUGGCUUCCUCGGGCGACUAUGGGCUGGCUCGUCGAAUUCCCACAACUCCAUCAAGUCACUCAAUCCAAAUACUAGCCCGUCACGUCAGAACAGUACAAUUCGUCGCUCUACCUCCAAGCAGAGUCUGACUUCCACUCUCAACUCUAUCGAAACCACUUCCGACGCAAGUACCACUGCCACUGAGCUAUCAGCGGGUACGGCUAGCGCCGAUAGUCAAAAAUCGCGCGUUAAAUCCAACAUGUCUUCGCAUCACAAAGAUCGCGACCUCCAUACGCAGAUUGAAGAACUCUUGAUGGCGCUUAGCGAUCUCCAGCGCCAACAAGCUAAUCUCACACGUGAGCUGCAGCAGGAGAGGGAGGAGCGGGAGGAAGACCAUACUCUGGCCAAGGAGAUGUUGAACCAAAUCAGAGAACAGCCGACUGAGACACAACCGACCGAAUUAAUAACCAAAGCGCACACACGUUUCGAAUCGGUCAAACCAAAGCGUGUGUCAAUCGCCCAAACCAAGCUCCAACUCAAUGACGAUGUUGCUCGAUGGAAGGAAAUGCACGAGGUGGAAGCCGGUCGUUGCUUGAACCUCACCCGGCGCAUCGACGAUUUCGAACAGGAGAACUCGUCCCUCAAGGAGCAAUUACGGGAAGCCCGGGGCCGCAUUCAAGACGGCCAUCGCGACCGACAGCGGCUCGAGCGCAUGAAUCGGGAGCUGCGUAACCUCAAAACUCCUAUAUCCGAAACGCCGCUAGACACAACGUCUUCUUCUGCGGUUGACUCUGGGGAGUCUCAGUCUCCCACUAGUGGUCUGCGCGAGUUCAAGCUAGCCCGCACCAACUCGACAAAAAGCCCCACAUACAACAAACGGACAAGCAGCCUGGGUCUGCAGAGAGUCUUGUCGAUGGAGAGUAAUAAGCCUCCUCCUGACGACGCGUUGCUCAUGGAGUUGGUUACUGCCAAGACGGCAGAAGCGGUUGCUAGACAAGAACUUGAGGAAGUAAAGGGCAAGUUGGACUCAUUGCGGAAAAUGAUUAAGACCCAGGCAAAUUCUGAGAACCGCCAUUCCUUUGUUGGACUAUCGCAGUCGCGGAUCAGCUUGGCGAAUAAAUCUGCCACUGAAGGUCCGAAGACACUGGGGACACCUCCCAGCAACAAUGGCGGGGGAUUCUUCAGUGGAUGGGGUCGACGAGCUGGGACGGACUGA